GAGCGGAGACGAACGAGGAGGAGGCCCGAGCGGUCCCCGUGUGCACUUAUGCCAUUUCUCCUUCGCUUCUGUUCUCCGCUCUGAUCGUCGAGACGAGCGAGCGAGCGAGCGAGCUCACAUCGAGGAGGCGGAGGAAGUGGAGCAGCAGUGGAAGGGAGGGAGGGAGGGAGGAAGGGAGGAAGGUCAGGCCGGGCCAGCCAAUCCGAGGCAAGUCAAGGCAGUGUAGCAGAGCAGAGGAGGACGAGGAGGAGAGCAGCAGCACGCGAGCGAGCUCGCCCACUCCGGAAGUGCGUCGAUUUGUGGAUCGAGGGGCAGGCAGGCAUUUGGGAGCUUUAGAAGGCUUGAGUUGAGGUGGAGGGUUUGUCGGGUCGUGUGCAGAAGACGCAGAACCGAGAGGGACGAGAAGGAAGGGAAGGGAAGGAAAGGAAAGGAAAGGAAAGAGGGCAGAUUGGUAGAUCGAUCGAGAAGGUUGGAGAGGGAGAAGGGGUGAGAGGUGGGGGAGAGUGGGAAGGGGGAGCGAGUAUAAAAUCAGGCGAGGGCGAAAUGCGGCACUGGAGGUAGCAGAGAGGCAGGGGCGCAACUCCGAUCGCCAGUGCCCCCGUUGAAAGUGAAGCUUGCGGGGUCACUGAAAGCCUGGCGCCAUGGUGGUCCUGGCGGCUUCCAUCAUCAGCAAGUCCGGGAAAGCUCUUGUCUCCCGGCAGUUUGUGGACAUGUCUAGGAUACGUAUUGAGGGCCUACUAGCUGCAUUCCCAAAGCUCGUUGGCAGCGGCAAACAACAUACCUACGUGGAGACUGAGAAUGUCCGAUAUGUUUACCAGCCAAUGGAGGCCUUGUACCUCCUUCUCGUCACCAACAAACAAAGCAACAUUCUCGAAGAUCUUGAAACAUUGCGUCUUCUGUCGAAACUUGUGCCUGAAUACUGCCCUGGCCUUGAUGAAGAGUCAGUUUGCAAAACUGCCUUCGAGCUCGUAUUCGCUUUCGACGAGGUUAUUUCUCUGGGACACAAGGAGAACAUAACAAUCGCUCAAGUGAAGCAAUACACCGAGAUGGAGAGCCACGAGGAGAGACUUCACAACCUCAUCAUCCAGAGCAAAAUAAUCGCCACUAAGGACGAGAUGAAGCGCAAAGCCAGCGAGAUUGAUAAGAGCAAGAUCGACAAGGGCAGAAUGGGAGGUGGUGGUAAGGGAGGCUUUAUGUCCAAUUCUUCAUCUAGCAACAACGGUGGUAGGAUCGACAAUGGGUACAGUGAUUUAAGUGCAUCUGGAGGUGGCGGCUUCGGCAACAACUCGAGCUUUGGAAGUUUAGAUCCAGACUUCAACGCCAAAUCCAAAGCAAGGCCCACUUCGGCUACCGUACCAUCGAAAGGUCUUGGUAUGCAACUAGGAAAGUCACAGAAAGCGAACCAGUUCUUAGAACUUCUCAAACAGGAGGGAGAGGUUAUUGUGGAUGACGUUCAGGUAUCUGCUCCAGGUCCGAAAGCAGCAGCUGUGAUUACUGAUCCUAUAGCAAUUGCUGUUGAAGAGAUUUUGACUGUUACUAUCAAGAAGGAUGGUGGUCUCGAGUCACUUGAAGUUACAGGAGAGAUGGCAUUGGUGGUACAAAAAACAGAGGAUGCGUUCAUCCGAGUUCAAGUCGAACUAGGUCCCCACAACAACAACAAUUUCAAUUUCAAGACGCAUCCUAAUAUCGAUAAGGAUCUCUGGAAUAGAGAGAAUAUUUUAGGAAUGAGAGAUCCUUCUAAAGCUUUUCCUACAGGCAGCCGAUCUGGCAUUUUGAAGUGGCGAAUGCUCAGCAAGCAAGAAUCCUUGGUUCCGCUUAUGAUAAACUGCUGGCCUUCUGUUUCGGGUGGAGAGUCGUUUGUGAACAUUGAAUACGAGGCCUCUAAGGCUUUCGAUUUGCAGAAUGUUGUUAUCCAAAUACCUUUGCCUGCUCUCAGAGAUGCUCCCACCGUGAAUCAAGCAGAUGGAGAAUGGAGGUACGACCCCAGAAAGUCCGUACUGGAGUGGACUAUUGUCCUCAUUGACAAUACCAACCGGAGUGGAGCCAUGGAGUUUGUGGUGCCACCAGCAGAUCCAUCUUCUUUUUUCCCUAUUGACGUGAAGUUCACUACCCCAAAAACGUUUUGCGAUGUUAAGGUUGUAAGUGUCAACCAAACACAGGGAGGUGCUAUUACACGGUAUGGUGGACGGACGCAAAUGGUGGUUGACAGUUACCAAGUUGUUUAGGGACCCUGUCCGAUAUCGUUUGAGCUCGACAGGAGAUUCAAGGGGUUGUUAGAAGCACAUUUGACGCAGCAUGAGUUAUGUUGAUUCUGACUUUCAGAGAAGAAAAUAGCAGAAAUUGCAAUUCUGAGUUUCCGGCAAGCAAUCACAUGGUGUUCCUUGCCCUGCCGCAUUUUUGCUGCCAGUUAUGAGGGAUGUGCUUUUUACGCGUUCACGAAGACGGGCAGAUGGAACAGUCAAAACCUGUUUCAUCUAUACUUGAGCUGGCAUGCUGUAGGGCUGUGGUUGUGUGUGCAGAAUUGGAGUAGGUUGUGCACUGGUAGCCGCGGUAGCAGUAGCUUAUUUGAAGACGAGGCACUUUUGUGAGAAGCUAAUCGUGUAGUGUGCGAUACAAGUCAACGGCUACUCUGGCCACCGAUCUCAACCUUCUCAGAGUUGGUACUAGUAACACUCUCAAGUUUUCUACAUGUUCCUGAGUGCUUGGGCAGGAUAGUGCCAGUUCAUGUGUAUGUGAUCAAUGCUCUUACAUUGCUUCAGAUCAGGUCCAGUUUAUUAAUACAGAAUCAUCAGCUAUUAAAAUUCAUAGAUGGCUCUCUUCUCACUUCGUAGAGUUAGGUAACUUGAGUUACGGUGGCUAUUGUCCUGUAAUUCAGUUGAAUUUCCGCUCUUUGCCUCAAAAGAGAGGGCUACUGAGACCAGUCGAGUUCCCAUUUUUUGUAUGAGAAGUUGUAGGGCAUUUAGUUGUUGAACUAAGUUCAAUAAGAUUAACGCUUAGUUAACACUUGAAUAUCAAUUGUUAUCUAUACCGU